AUGGCGGACGCCGAUGAUAUGUUCGAUGUCUUCAAUGAAGAUGGAGCAAAACCGGGCGAUGCUGCGAAACGGGAUCGAAAGAGCAAGAAGAGGUCGGCGAAUGGAGAAGUGAAGCCGAACGUCAGUGAGGAUAUAGUCGAGGAUGCUGUUGAAGAGGUGCCACGGCCGCCAGGAAAGGAGCCGAGUCUACCUGAACAAAAGCGACCGCGACGAGACGGUGAACCGGAACCGGUGGUCACGGACACCUUUGAGACGGAACAAUCACGAGAAGUCGCUGCGGCCGCCGGCUUGCAGGCCUCCAAGGACGACAAAGCCGUCAUUCUUUCACAUCAAGUCCGCCAUCAGGUCGCGCUGCCCCCGGACUGCGAUUAUGUCCCCAUCUCCAUGCACAAACGACCCGAGAAGCCCGCGCGCGAAUGGCCUUUCAAAUUGGAUCCCUUCCAGGAAGUCUCGAUCGCAUCGAUUGAGCGGAAUGAAAGUGUUCUGGUAUCGGCCCAUACCAGUGCUGGAAAGACCGUGGUCGCCGAGUAUGCGAUUGCACAAUGUCUCAAGAACAACCAACGAGUCAUUUACACCAGUCCGAUCAAAGCGCUCAGUAAUCAAAAAUACCGAGAGUUCAACGCCGAGUUUGGAGAUGUUGGCCUCAUGACCGGAGAUGUCACCAUCAACCCAACGGCGACUUGUCUCGUCAUGACGACGGAAAUUUUACGAUCUAUGUUGUACCGAGGAAGUGAGAUUAUGCGAGAAGUCGCAUGGGUGGUGUUCGACGAGGUCCACUACCUGCGCGAGAAGACUCGAGGUGUGGUUUGGGAGGAGACGAUCAUCCUCUUGCCGGACAAGGUGCGAUACGUCUUUCUCUCGGCCACCAUCCCCAAUGCCAUGCAGUUCGCCGAAUGGAUCACCAAGACGCAUAACCAACCCUGUCACGUGGUGUACACCGAUUUCCGACCUACGCCGCUCCAACAUUAUUUCUUCCCUGCAAAUGCCGAUGGAAUCCAUUUGGUCGUCGACGAGAAAGGUGUCUUCCGCGAGGACAACUUCAACAAGGCAAUGGCGGCGAUUGCGGACAAGGCUGGUGAUGAUGGCUCCGACCCUCUCGCAAGGCGGAAAGGUAAAGGUAAGGACAAGAAGGUCAACAAGGGAGGCCGGAAGGAUGGCCCGAGCGAUAUUUACAAGAUCGUCAAGAUGAUCAUGAUGAAGAAUUACAACCCCGUCAUUGUUUUCUCAUUUUCAAAACGAGAGUGUGAGACGUAUGCCUUGCAAAUGAGUCAGCUGGCCUUUAACGACGAAUCGGAAAAGGCGAUGGUGGGCAAAGUUUUCGAAUCCGCGAUUGAGAUUCUAUCAGAUGAAGACAAGGAGCUUCCACAAAUCCAACACAUCCUCCCUCUACUUCGACGAGGUAUCGGCAUUCACCAUUCCGGUUUACUGCCUAUCCUCAAGGAGACCAUCGAGAUCCUUUUCCAGGAAGGUCUCAUCAAGGUUCUUUUCGCGACAGAAACCUUCUCCAUCGGUCUGAACAUGCCCGCCAAGACGGUCGUCUUCACCUCGGUGCGGAAAUUCGACGGCAUCGCCAUGCGAUGGGUGACGCCGAGUGAAUUCAUUCAAAUGUCGGGUCGCGCUGGUCGACGAGGUCUCGAUGACCGCGGUAUUGUCAUCAUGAUGAUCGACGAAGCCAUGGAACCUGCCGUCGCCAAAGACAUUGUGCGUGGUGAGCAGGAUAAGCUGAACAGUGCCUUCCACUUGGGAUACAACAUGAUCUUGAACCUCACGCGAGUCGAGGGCAUCAGCCCGGAUUUCAUGCUGGAAAGAUGCUUCUUCCAAUUUCAGAAUUCAUCCUCAGUGUCGAGUCUCGAGGAGAAAUUGAUGGAGUUGGAGGACCAGCGGUUGAACAUGUUCAUCCCCAAUGAAGAGGAGAUCAAAACCUACUACGAACUUCGACAGAAUCUCUCGACCUAUGGCAAGGAGAUGAAGGCGGUCAUCACAAAUCAGCGAUAUCUUCUCAAAUUCCUCCAAUCGGGACGUCUGGUUCGAGUCAAGUAUAACGAACACGACUUUGGCUGGGGAGCGGUCGUCAACUUCACCCGCGUCAAGCCGGGCAAAGGACAGACGGAGGAGGAUAUCCCACCUUCGCAGGCCGUGGUGAUCGAUGUCAUCAUGAACGUCGCUGCCGACGCCGUCCCGCCUGUUCAAGGCAAAGCGAGCGGCGAUCUCCCUCCUGGCAUUCGACCACCGUUAUUCGGCGAAAAGGGCAAAAUGGAGGUCGUCCCCGUCAUGAACGGCACCAUCGACUCCAUCGGCCACCUCCGAGUCUUCCUCCCGCAAGAUCUGCGCACGCCGGAACAACGCAACACGGUGCGCAAAACGCUCGAAGAAAUCGCCAAGCGCUUCCCCGACGGCGUCGCCAUCCUCGACCCGAUCGAGAACAUGGGCAUCAAAGACGAAGCGUUCAAAAAACUCCUGCGCAAGAUUGAAGUCCUCGAACACAAACUCCUCCACCACCCCCUGCAUAAAUCCCCGGACCUGCCCGCCCUCUACGAGAAAUACGCCGCCAAAGUCGCCCUCACCGCCGACCUCAAGCUCGUGCGCAAACAGAUCUCCGACGCCCUCAGCGUGCUGCAACUCGACGAGCUCAAAAACCGCAAGCGCGUCCUGCGCCGGCUGGGCUUCGUCAACGACGCCGACGUCGUGCAGCUGAAGGCCCGCGUGGCCUGCGAGAUCUCCACUGGCGACGAGCUCGUCCUGUCCGAGCUGCUCUUCAACCGCUUCUUCAACGAGCUCUCCCCCGAGCACUGCGCCGCCGCCCUGUCCUGCUUCAUCUUCGAGGAGAAGGCCGAGGACCCCACGGGCAUGAAGGAGGACCUGCAGAAGAUCUUCCGCGACAUCCAGGCCCAGGCGCGCGCUGUCGCCAAGGUCUCGAUCGAGAGCAAGGUCGUCGUCAAUGAGGAGGAGUAUCUCCAGGGCUUCAAACAUCAGCUCAUGGAGGUCGUCUUGGCGUGGACGCAGGGGGCGAGUUUCGCGGCGAUUUGCAAAAUGACCGAAGUCUACGAAGGGAGUCUCAUCCGUCUCUUCCGCCGCCUGGAGGAAUUACUCCGACAGAUGGCCGAGGCGUCGAAAGUCAUGGGCAGCGAGGAACUCAAGGCGAAGUUCGAGAUGGCGCUCACCAAGGUCCGCAGGGACAUCGUGGCGGCGCAGUCGCUGUAUUUGUAA